UCCGAGAGUCCUCCCGCCGGGCGUGGGGAGCCGUCGACUGCAGACCCCCGACCGCCUGACUGCGCCGGGGGCUUCCGCGGCCUCUGCCGAUCCGGAAUCUGGGACCUCUCUGGGCCGCGCCCCGCCCACCCGUCAAGCCCCUCCCCCGAGGCAGCUGGCCUAUUCAGCUGUUUGCCAGGCUUCGCCCACGGCCACGGAGGUGAAUCGGCUGUGGCCCUGUCCCGGAGGAACUCACAGUCUAGCGCGGCAGACCGUGGUCAGCGAUGUGUCCGGCCCAGUGAGCGGGUGCUCGUCCCUGUGGCCUCCAUGUUUAAAGCGGAACGUGUGUGCAGAGUGGACGCACCUCUCUUCCGAAGCCUCUUUGGGGCCACAAGACCAGGCACUGUUUGAGCGGACACACUGCUCUGUGCUGUGCACCUAAGGGCCUCCUGUGCUGGCCAUGCCUGUGCCCACAGAGGGCGCCCCUCCGCCCCUGAGUGGCACCCCCGUUCCAGUCCCAGCCUACUUCCGCCACGCAGAACCUGGCUUCUCCCUCAAGAGGCCUGGUGGGCUCAGUCGGAGCCUCCCGCCCCGGCCCCCUGCCAAGGGCAGCGUCCCCAUCAGCCGCCUCUUCCCUCCUCGGACCCCGGGCUGGCACCAGCCCCAGCCCCGGAGGGUGACAUUCCAAGGCAAAGCCUCUGAGACCCUUCAGAGCCCCUCCUAUGACCCGAGCCGGCCAGAGUCCUUCUUCCAACAGAGUUUCCAGAGGCUUGGCCGCUUGGGCCACGGCUCCUACGGAGAGGUCUUCAAGGUGCGCUCUAAGGAAGACGGCCGGCUCUAUGCAGUGAAGCGCUCUAUGUCGCCCUUCCGGGGCCCUAAGGACCGGGCCCGCAAGCUGGCCGAGGUCGGUGGCCACGAGAAGGUGGGGCAACACCCGCGCUGUGUGCGGCUGGAGCAAGCCUGGGAGGAGGGCGGCAUCCUGUACCUGCAGACGGAGCUGUGUGGGCCCAGCCUGCAACAGCACUGCGAGGCCCGGGGCACCGGCCUGCCCGAGGCCCAGGUCUGGGGCUACCUGCGGGAUACCCUGCUUGCCCUGGCUCACCUGCACGGCCGAGGCCUGGUCCACCUUGACGUCAAGCCCGCCAACAUCUUCCUGGGGCCCCGGGGCCGCUGCAAGCUGGGUGACUUUGGGCUGCUGGUGGAGCUGGGUGCCUCUGGAACUGGUGAGGCCCAGGAGGGAGACCCCCGCUACAUGGCCCCCGAGCUGCUACAGGGCUCCUAUGGGACAGCGGCGGACGUGUUCAGUCUGGGCCUCACCAUCCUGGAAGUGGCAUGCAACAUGGAGCUGCCCCAUGGCGGGGAGGGCUGGCAGCAGCUGCGCCAAGGCUAUCUGCCCCCGGAGUUCACUGCUGGCCUGUCUUCUGAGCUGCGUUCUGUCCUCACCAUGAUGCUGGAGCCUGACCCCAAGCUGCGGGCCACAGCCGAGUCCCUGCUGGCCAUGCCCAUGCUCAGGCAGCCUCAGCCUUGGAACGUUCUGUGGUAUAUGGCCGCCGAGGCCCUCAGUCGAGGGUGGGCACUGUGGCAGGCCCUGCUUGCCCUGCUGUGCUGGCUCUGGCACGGGCUGGCUCACCCCGCCAGAUGGCUGCAGCCCCAGAGCCCACCAGCCACCCCGCCCGGCUCGCCACCCUGCAGCCUCCUCCUGGACAGCAGCCUCUCCAGCAACUGGGAUGACGACAGCAUAGGCUCAGUGCAGGGACCACGCAGAGCAGAGCAGAACCGGCAACCUCACGCCUGGGGCGCUGCCUCACGAGGGAGCAGCGCAAGGGCCACGGCCGCCGCCACGGUAGGGCUGCGGUGCCCACAGGCUCUCGCUCUCUCCAGAGGCUGUCCUGGCCAGGGCUGUCGGGAACACCUCCACCCCCCGCAGUGGCUCCCCUGCCCCCCGGAGCAGGUACACACUGAGGUGAGCAGGCCCAGAGUCCAGUGGGUGGGAGGUGGUGGCUUUCAGAUCCUGAGUGUCAUUUGUCUCUCUUCCCCCCACCCCAGGGAGGCCCUGGACCUAAGUGACAUUGACUCUGAGCCCCCUCGGGGCUCCUUCCCCUCCUUGGAACCUCGGAACCUCCUCAGCCUGUUUGAGGACUCACUGGGCCCAGCGUGAGUCCACAGGCCAGCCUUGGUGUUUUUAACCUUUUAGCCACCACCCCCUCCCCAUUCCUCCUGGAGGCUGGGGUCCCUCUGGCAACUCCAGGGGUUCCUUCUGCCUGCCAUGUCUAAUAAAAGGUAUUUGAAUCUUGGGAGCACCCAA